GAAUGGCUCUUGUUGACUACGGCAGCAGCACAAGCUCCGAAUGCGAAGAAGAGGAUUUAAGCAUACCAAGAAAGAGACCAGCGCUUCCUACUGCUUUGACUUUGUUGGGUGUUAAACAACCCAAAUGCGUGGAGGAAGACGACCUAAUUGAUGACCCUACCCAGCACGGCGGACGUAUUCGCACUUUCAAGCAUGAGCGCGGUAAUUGGGCAACUCAUGUAUACGUGUCGGCUUUAGAAUGUAACGACCAACUGGAGGACUUUCAACUGGAAACCAUUUCGAAAAUGGCUUCAAUGGUUGAAUUAAAAGCUAGCGCUUCACUUCAUCUUAGUUUAAGCAAAACUGUUGUGCUACAAUACCAUCAAAUCGAUGUCUUUGCCAGUUCCCUGCAACAAGCACUGAGGAAUUGCGUUGGCUUUAGCGGCACGCUACAUGAUUUGAAAAUCUACACCAAUGAGGAGCGAACUCGCACGUUUCUAGCCGUGCAACUGGAUGCCGUUUAUUCAAAUAAAAUGCACGCACUACUAAGGCCCAUCGACGGGGUGAUGCGUGACUUUGGUUUGCCACAGUUCUAUGCCGAUCCUUCCUUUCACAUAAGUCUGCUGUGGUGUGUGGGCAAUGAGGAGACAUUGAUGCGUAAAAAAUUGGAAGAACUUCAGCAACUACUGAACGAACAGGAAGCUUUGCAAUUAACUGUCAAUAAGCUGCACUGCAAGUGUGGGAAUAAGGAGUUUAUUUUCAGGCUUAACUUAUCUUAAGUUUAGGCAUAUCGUUGACGUCGCCGGCCGAGUGGCGUUUUCGACCACCACGAUUCGAAAGCUUCCUCCUCCUCGCGGUAAACCGGGUCGCGUGCGCUGUCAAAGAACAAAAUAAACAAAAUAAACAAUUAAGUUAACAUAA